AUGGUGGGUAACCCAUGGCCGAUAGCCAAACCCAUCGCCAGCCGCCCAAUUCCAGUACAGCAUCAGCACUUGCAGCAUCUACUUGCGCACUGUCACCAUCCAUAUUUAGCAGUGAGGCCGUCGCAAGCUCAUACCCAGGUCUUCCCGCUUCCAGGUGGAUUUCCAUGGGCGCAUAGUUCUAGAGGAAAACCCCGCCGUGGGAUGAUGCGACGUGCGGUAUUUUCUGAUCUCCAAAGAAAAGGGCUGGAGAAGAGGUUUCAAGUCCAAAAGUACAUAUCCAAACCGGACAGGAAGAAAUUGGCCGAGAAACUCGGAUUGAAGGAUAGUCAGGUAAAGAUCUGGUUUCAAAAUCGUCGAAUGAAAUGGCGGAAUUCAAAAGAGCGCGAGCUACUCGCAACUGGCGGGUCCAGGGAACAAACUCUUCCGAACAAAAACAACCCACAUCCAGAUUUAUCAGACGCUGAGGCUGAUAAGCAAAAGCUGUCACCAUUACCCGAAGAUGAGGAAUUAAAAAACAAAAUGUACGCGUCAACAUCUAACUGUCAAAAUGACAGUUACCGCUUCGAUGACAAGAUGGCGGCUGGGAUAUUUACGCGGGAAAACUAUCAAAAUGAACUCGAUGAUUUUGAGAGUGAUAGCGCAUCUGACGAGGAAAUAAAUGUGACAUGA